UAAUGCCCUAUCUACACCGAAGGAUGAUCCUGCUUGUGGCUCAUUCGACCACUUUCGCCUUCAGUGUGAUUUUCAAUUCGUCUACAUUACUCGCUCGGAUGAGCCGCAAGUAGGAUCAUCGUUCGGUGUAGAUAGGGCAUAGGAAAUGUGAAGAGUAUCACGUGUUUGUGUUUCUUUCGAUUCCGAUUAUGAAAAUUUAAAGUGGUUAUAACAGAAAAUGUUUUAAAAAAGCUAAAUAAAUAAAUAAAAGAAAUAAGUUCAUCAUGCGUGCAUAAAUGCAUCGCUAUCUGUCAAUGUAGUAAAGAGACAAGCAUUUGUAAAAAGAAGAAGUUAGUCAGAAUUUAUUUUAUUAUUGCAAUCAUAUAUAUCAGCAAACAUGGUGAAGGAACAAUUCAGGGAGACGAAUGUCGCCAGCGAAGUCUCCCACAUAUCUUUUGGUGUGGAUAGUAUGCACAACAUGCUUAUGCAGUCUAGUGUACAAGUUAUUACCAAGAACUUGUACAACGAAGAUGCCAUGCGUACUCCAGUUCCUCACGGAGUGCUCGAUAAACGAAUGGGAGUAAGCUCAACAAAUAAGAGCAAAUGUGACACAUGCCAUAAGGAAUUGAAUGAGUGUGUAGGACACUUUGGCUACAUGGAUUUAGAGCUGCCAGUUUUUCAUGUCGGCUAUUUUAAAUCUAUCAUUCAGAUUUUACAGACAAUUUGCAAGAAAUGCGCUCAUGUUUUAUUAACACCGGAAGAAAAGAAAAUUUUUUUGCGUAAAUUACAAAAUCCAAAUUUGGGAUACUUGAUACGCAAAAAUUUGCGUAAGUCCAUUUGGGAACGAGCGAAAAAGAAAACAGAAUGUCCAAAUUGUAAAUCAAAUAAUGGCCCAGUGAAAAAGGCUGGUUUUCUCAAGAUUGUGCACGAGCAAUAUAAGAAUUUAAAGAAGACCGAUCCUAUUAUUAAAGAUAAAUUGGCUGAAUUAAGCAUAGCCAUGGAUCGCGACAAGGAAUUUAAGAAUAUAGUAGAGCAAAAUUACAGAUCUGUGCUGGACGAAUAUCUAUAUCCUAAUGUGGUUCGAGAACUUUUCAAUAGAAUUCCAACAGGUGACGUUUGCUUUUUGUUAAUGAAUCCUGAAUGCGCAUCACCUGUAGAUUUAAUAUUGACAAGAAUUCCUGUACCACCGAUUUGCAUUAGACCUAGUGUUAUGUCUGAUCUAAAAGCUGGUACAAACGAAGAUUAUCUCACAAUGAAAUUGUCAGAAAUAGCUCUUAUCAAUGACGUUAUUCGUAAGCAAAAUGGUGUUAAAGUAUUGACAUACAUGGAGCAUUGGGAUUUCCUUCAAUUGCACUGCGGCCUUUACAUUAAUAGUGAAAUGUCUGGAAUACCUCUUCACAUGCAAGUAAAUUUGUGUAUGAAAUUACCUAAAAAAUCUGGCAGAGGGAUAGUACAGAGAUUAAAAGGAAAACAAGGUCGCUUCCGAGGAAAUCUAUCUGGUAAACGUGUCGAUUACACUGCGCGUACGGUGAUUUCGCCCGAUCCGAAUCUCAGAAUAGAUCAAGUAGGUGUGCCUAUGUAUGUUGCAAAGACCUUAACGUAUCCUGAAAAGAUCACGCCGUCAAAUAUAGAAUUAAUGCGCAAAUUGGUUCGGAAUGGCCCGGACAUACAUCCUGGAGCAAAUUUCAUACAGUACAAGAAAGCGAAGAAUAGAUGGUACCUCGGCUAUGCCGACCGGAAGAAGGUUGCCCAGGAGCUGCAGUAUGGCGACGUUGUUGAGAGGCAUCUCAAAGACGAUGACCUAGUGCUGUUCAAUCGGCAGCCGUCUCUGCACAAAUUAAGUAUAAUGGCCCAUAGGACUAAGAUAUUGGAACACCGAACGUUCAGAUUCAACGAAUGCGUCUGCACACCUUAUAACGCCGACUUUGAUGGCGACGAAAUGAAUUUACACGCGCCUCAGACCGAGGAAGCGAGGGCGGAAGCGCUGGUUUUGUUGGCGAAUAAAUCGAAUCUGGUUACACCUCGCAACGGUGAUUUGCUGAUAGCCGCGACGCAGGACUUCCUUACCGGUGCUUAUCUCUUGACCCAAAAGGACACGUUUCUCGACAUAGAACAGGUCAGAUUAGCCUUCUGCUUCUUGGCCGGCCUGGACGCAUCUCUGAUCGUAACUCUUCCCGUGCCCGCUAUUUUGAAACCUGUCAAGUUGUGGACCGGCAAACAGAUAUUCAGUUUAAUUUUGCGACCAAAUCCGGAGUGUCCUAUCAAAGCAAAUUUGAAGACAAAGGGCAAGGCUUACACCAGUGGAGAGGAGUUUUGCAUCAACGAUUCCUAUGUCAUUAUUCGCAAUUCCGAGCUCCUCGCGGGAACGAUGGAUAAAGCUACACUGGGCUCAGGAUCGAAGCAGAAUAUAUUUUAUGUCCUGCUGUGUGACUGGGGCGAGGAUGUUGCGAUCUCAGCUAUGUGGCGCUUAACCAGAAUAGCGAAUCAUUUUAAUUUCGAGAAAGGGAUUUCUCUCGGUCUUGGAGACGUUAUACCCAGUCAAAGCCUUCUCGCCAUCAAGAAGAAGGUGUUAAAUACGCAUUAUGCGAAAUGUAACGAGUACAUUAAACUAACCGAGGAAGGUCGCCUCGUCUGUCAACCUGGAUGCUCAGAAGAAGAAACACUGGAAUCUCGUAUAUUAGAUGAGCUCUCUGUAAUCCGUGACAACGUUGGUAAAGCGUGUUUAAAAGAACUGCACCCUACUAACACUCCUCUUACCAUGGCUCUCUGUGGAAGCAAGGGCAGUUUUAUAAACAUUUCGCAGAUGAUAGUUUGUGUAGGACAGCAAGCUAUCAAUGGUCACAGAGUGCCAAAUGGGUUCGAAAACCGCGCGUUACCUCAUGUAUUGCCGCAACUGAGGACACCCGAGGCUAAAGGUUUCGUAGAAAAUUCAUUUUUCUCCGGUUUGACCUCGAAGGAGUUCUACUUUCACGCAAUGGGCGGAAGGGAGGGUCUCACGGAUACCGCCGUGAAAACCGCCGAAACCGGAUACAUGCAGAGGCGGCUGAUCAAAAGUCUGGAAGACCUCUGCAUCCAUUACGACAUGACGGUGCGCAACUCAAUGAAGGACAUCGUGCAGACACCGUACGGUGCAGACGGAUUGGAUCCCACGUACAUGGAGGGCAAGGACUGUCCGGUGGAUUAUAAGAGAGUGUACGAUCAUGUGCGAGCUAAGUUGCCGUACAAAAACGAAGAGCCUUUAGACGGUCCUCGCGUGAUCAGCGCCACGAACGAGAUGCUAUCCUCCGAGGAGUACGAUUGCUUGAGCAGCGAGUUCAAACAGGAACUGACCACAUUCCUGAAAUUGGUGGCGUUGAAGAUAACGCGCUAUCGGAAUAUUAAAUCGAACUCGCCGGUGAUCCUGCAACUCGAACGUUUCACCGUUUCGCAAUUGGUCGAGUUCAUUCAUACGUGCAAGGAGAAGUAUAUGAAAUCCAAGAUAGAACCGGGCACGGCUGUUGGUGCUCUCGCGGCGCAAAGUAUCGGCGAGCCGGGAACGCAGAUGACUCUCAAGACGUUUCACUUCGCCGGUAUAGCCGCCAUGAAUAUCACGCAGGGUGUGCCGCGUAUCAAGGAAAUUAUUAAUGCCAGUCCUAAGAUCAGUACUCCCAUUAUAACGGCAGCACUGGUCGACGAUAUGGAUCCCGAAGUUGCGAAACGUGUGAAGGCGCGAAUCGAGAAGACAACUUUAGGAAAUGUGGCUGAAUAUAUUGAAGAAGUAUACUUGCGCGAUGAGCACUUUCUUAUAAUAAAGUUGGACGUCAACAAAAUAAAGAUAUUAAAAUUAGAAGUGGACAUUAAUUCUAUAAGCUACGCGAUUCUAACUUCAAAGUUGAAAUUGACUCAAAAGAAUGUAGAAGUCCUAGGCGAUUCAAUUAUUAUUAUUCGACCGAACAAACAAAAGGAACAACAAAAGGAAAGUUCACACUUUCCGUUUCGGCAUCUGAUGGAGGCGGUGCCGAAUAUUAUAAUAAAAGGUUUGCCGUCAAUUUCUAGAGUGGUUAUACACGAAAACGAAAAAGUUACACGCGAUGGCAAAAAAAGUCUAAUGUUAUUUGUCGAAGGAGAUAACUUUAGAGAAGUAAUGGCAACGCGUGGCAUCCACGGCGAAAAGACGAGAUCGAACAAUACGAUAGAAGUUUUCAAAACACUCGGCAUCGAAGCGGCAAGAGCGACUAUUAUGUCAGAAAUUAAAUCGGUAAUGGAAACUCACGGAAUCAGCAUUGAUUGCCGACAUCUAAUGUUAUUGGCAGAUUUAAUGACAGGCAGAGGAGAAGUGCUUGGUAUCACAAGACAGGGUUUGGCGAAGAUGAAAGAAUCAGUUUUAAACUUGGCAUCGUUUGAGAAAACGGCGGAUCAUCUGUUUGACGCAGCUUAUUACGGGCAGGAAGAUGUUAUAUGCGGUGUAUCGGAAUCAAUUAUAAUAGGCAUUCCAGUUCCACUCGGCACAGGAAUCUUCAAACUACUUCACAAAGCUGACAAGGAUGAGCCACGCAAGAGGGAGCCUCUAUUUGACGAUCCACAAUUUCACCAACCGUUCCGUUCUGGAAGACGACUUCAACGUACACGACCACGUACAGUACUCCAAACUUCAGCUUAAUGAAAUGUCUCAUGUUUUAUCAAAACUAGGAAAAAUAUUGACUCAUAUGAGAAGACUAGAUAGUUUUUCUUGUAUAAAUAUAUUAUUAAUGAAUAAAAUUAUUUUUAUGAUA